UUUGACCUUAAAAUGAUUCAACAACUCUUUAUGGACUACGCUAACAAGAUGCAAGUGGCUACCUAUGUGGGUGUGGAGGAUUUUGCUGACAGAUUUAAUUUCAUCUUUACUGUCAUAAUACUCCUCAUCUGCACUGCUGUGGUUACUGUGAAGCAGUAUAUUCUAAAACCAAUCUCAUGUUACAUUUCCACCGAUGUUGGUGGGAAGAAUCUCCUUGACUAUGUGGAAAACUACUGCUGGGUUCAAGGCACCAUUCCUAUAUCUUACUCCAGUGACGUCCCGGAAACAGAAGAUGAUUGGAAUAGACUAGAAAGCCGUAAAAUAUUGUACUACCAGUGGGUACCGUUCGUGUUGGGUCUGCAGUGCAUACUUUUCUACAUUCCGCGAGUUAUAUGGCAGAUAAUCUGCUACAACCAAACCGGCACGGACCUUUACCACCUCAUUUCAAUGGCCAAUGAGGCGUGUCAUUCAAAAGCUGACAAGCGGGAGGAAAUGGUGCAAAACUUGGCAAAAUCCAUCGAACGCCUCUUGUAUCAUGAGGGUAAAUCGCAACUAUUAUCCAAGCGGUUGAGUCAUCUCAGAAGCAACACCUUCCUUCGGCAAGUGUUUAAAUACCGUAGUACUCUGGUUGUUCCAACUUACCUUCUCAUCAAACUCUUCUGUCUCGCCAACUCCUUGGUCCAAGUCUUCCUCAUGCAGAUCUUUCUGGGCUUUAAAAUCACCAAAGCACCCUACGGUCUAGUUGUCCUAUGCAACCUCCUUGCGGGCAAGGAUUGGCAGACGACCCUCGUCUUUCCACGAGUGGCUUUCUGCUAUGUUAAGGUGAAAAAUCUGGGUGCCAGAGACAAUGCUAUCACGGCUCAAUGUGCGCUUCCCGUGAACAUGCUGAAUGAGAGAAUCUACGUCUUCCUCUGGUGGUGGAUCCUCUGCGGCGGUGUUCUAACGCUGUCCAGCCUCGCCACAUGGGUGGUGCGCGUGGUGUCGCGUGAAUCUAAGAUCAGAUACGUGGAGCGUUACCUCGGUAUGCGCACUAAUGAGGUUGACCCUGAGGAGGAGCGGCUCUUUGCUACCAAAUUUAUUCGUCAAGAUGGAGACUUCUUGCUGCGAAUGAUAGCUACCAACUCGGGGGAGAUUCUGGCUGGUGAUGUAGUUGGUGUGCUUUGGGAACGGUAUAGGCGUAACAAAGAUCUCAAGACCUCCAAUCGUCUCUUACCAUACACUACAGUAAACGGAGUCGGCCAGCCUGAGGACGAUAGAAAUUCGAAGUCCUCACAUUCUAUCGAAGGGGAAAAGGGGAAUGACUUUCAUCGCGAAAUUCGGACUGGCAAAGUUGCCCGAUUGAGGCGAAAAGCCUUCAAAUUUUGUUCUCUCCUCUACAUCGGGAAACGUCUGGGCAAUCGCCUUUUUGGAACUUACCUAAUAAUCAAGGCUCUCUACAUCCUCAACUCGGUGGGUCAAAUCUACAUUCUGGAGUCCUUUAUUGGACUAGAUCACAAGUCUCACAACAGUCUCGGAGUCACGAUGACGAAAAAUAUAAUCGAUGGAAAGGAUUGGCAGGCAACCCUGAACUUCCCCCGCGUAGGAUUUUGUGUAGUCCCCAUUCGCCAAUUGGCCGGUCAGGUGUACGUGACAGCCCAGUGCGCUUUGCCCGUUAACAUGCUCAACGAGCGAGUGUACAUCUUCCUCUGGUACUGGUUUCUACUCGGCGCUGUAGUGACUAUCGCUAGCGUCCCGAUGUGGCUACUGCGCAUGGCCCGUCGGCGCGGGCGCACCCACUUUGUGAAACGCUAUUUGCGGCUGAAUGACCUAUGUUCGCCCAAAGAUAACAUUAUGGUAAAGAAGUUCUGCCAUCACUUCUUGCGCCAUGAUGGAAUCUUCCUCCUCCGUAUGAUGGCUAUCAACUCAGGGAGCACCAUUUGCGGCGAAGUGGUACAGAAGCUCUGGUCUAUUUACAAGACCAAGUACUACAGUCAUGAUUUCAAUCAUGCUGACGACGACGUAGAGGAGGACGAGGCCAGUGAGAGCGACUUUCCAGGAGUCGUCGGGAGGCAUCACACGACUAUCCAGCUGGAGGCCGAGAAACCCUCCGCCCCGCCCCCGUCUUCCUCUAGUGGCUACAGCGAGGAUUUUGAACUGAAGAAGCAGCCUAUUUGA